AUAAAUUACUCGAACCAAAUGCACUAAUAAUUAAACUUGAGAGUAGUUUGGAAUAUUCCUUAAUACAAAAGGGGGAAAAAGUUUUCUAUAUGGUUGUUGCCUUGUCAUUGCUUGCUCUGCUAAAAUUUUGAAGAAGAAUUAUGGCCUUAUGAUGAGAAGAAGAAGAAUGACUUUCUGGUUUAAGAAAGGAUGCCUUUUUUUUCUCUAUACGAAAAAGAGGAUGAAAAGGAGAAACAAAGUGAAGAAGCUAAGAAUAUAAUGAACAACCUACAAACCACAGUGCAGAAUCAGGUUCCAAAUAUUAAUAAUGACAAUAUUAUUAUUAUUAUUCAGUGUUUUAAUAUUCUCUCCCUAAUCAAUACCAUCGUUAAACCUAGAUGUUCAGGUCCAUCUCUUUCAAGUUCUGUGAAAAACCACAUCAGUUUUCUCUCUGUUUAUGUGUUUAAGCAUCAUUCAGGGAGAAAGGUUUUGUUUUGGACAGUGUUUUAAUGACAGGAAAGUUUUUCUGCAUGGUUUUGAGAAUUCAUAUGGACUGCAAUGGAUGUUACAGGAAAGUAAGAAGAGCUAUUCUCAGUAUAAAAGAGUUGGAGACCCAUUUGAUAGAACAAAAGCAUUGCAGGGUAAGCGUUUGUGGGAAGUUUAGCCCUCAAGAUAUAGCAAUCAAAAUAAGGAAGAAAACCAACCGCAGAGUAGAGAUAUUGGAGGUUCAAGAGUGUGAUACCUUCAAUGAAAACAAUGAUAUCCAAGGGCCCUUGAUCAUCAAUGCCUGGAAAUGCCAAUCAAACUAUGACCAAGUCGAAACUUGUUGUACGCAUGAAGGUGACACUAAAGAACAGCAAGAAUUAGCUUCUUCUAUAACAUAAAUUCUUCAUCUUUCAAACUAUUUUACCAUUUUUCUGUCAUACAUGCAAAUUACUUCAUAAAGUUGUAUGGAUUUAAUUGUUUACUGGGAGACCAUAAGAGAACCUACAGUUUAUCA